AUGACACAUUUAAUAUUUCACAAUGAAUUUGAUUCGUCAAUUUCUACACAAGAACAAGAAUUACAUCCAUUAUUAACAAACCCUCCUUAUACACUUUCAUUGUCAAUUAACGAAUUGAUUACACCUAAAGAAAAAAAAAUAACAACGAGCAGAAACAAAAAUAAAGUCAAUAAGAAAGGUGCUAAGAUCGUUGCUGUUGAGAGUGACAAAUCAAAUCGGGCCAAAGAUAAACCUUGUGACAACGCAGUUCCAAGACCACAUAAUGCAUUUAUAAUAUUUCGUACAGACUUUGCAGAAAGGGUCAAGAAUAUUUAUCAUCCAGAAAGGGUUUCCAUACGUUUAAUAUCAAAAUUGGCCUCAAUAACUUGGAAAGGCGAAUCCUCAACCGUGAGAUCCUUUUUUCAGAUUUUGGCAGAUAUGUAUCUUCAACGGCAUAAAAUCAAAUACCCUGAUUAUAAAUAUACUCCAAUCAGAAAGGAUUCGUCCGAUACUAUAAAAAGAAAUAGAAAAAUUAAAUCAAAACAAGAGAAACCAUCCAAGAAACCUAAAAGAGAUGAAUCAAAAGAAUUGUUAAAGGAACAUAUGUUCACUUGGAAUGUCAACGAAAAACCCGAUAGUCUGGCACUAUCGUCUGUGUCACUCUCCAGUAUUGAUAUUAAUGAUGAUACCAAUCUCAACAAAGUUUAUAAUGCUAUUAACAAUAAAUACCCCCCAGAAAACGACAAACCACUAGCAUUUAUCAACUAUACGGCACCUUCUUUGUUACCAAAUACUACCACGACCUCACCACUUCCCGCCCCUCCUGUUCCUCCGACUAAUACUAAUAAUUAUUAUUAUUUAUCACAGUACGAAAAUAUCAUACCAGUUGAACCCCAAGAAAACAUCUCACUCGAAUCGAUUUUAAAUACUUAUUCAAACUCUCCUCUUCCAGAAGAUUUUCUUUCUUUUCUUGAGAAUCAACCAAACUGGAAUCAAUAA